AUCUGAAUACUUCCUUCUUCUUUUACUGUAAACAUGUUUAUUAAAGUGAGCAAAGAUUGGGGGGGAAACGUCCGACUUUGUGCAGCUGAGCUCUGCACGGAUCCAACAGCCUCAUCAGCAACUUUCUCCCUCAGAAUAACUUUUUGUUCCAGACGUGUGAUAACAGCAGAGUGGUGUAACUGUGAGAACGGAGCACCUGUCAGCUGACGACCAUAAGAGAGCAGACAACCUGAAGUCUGACACUUUCUGCAGUCACACAGACGAGAUGAGAGGAACGUGGCUGCUGCUGGUGCUCGUGGCUGCGGCCUCGGCCGAGAGGCUCUUCAUCGGAGAUCAGGUCCUCAGAGUCAACGUUGAGUCUGAGGAGCAGAUCAAACUCCUGCAGGAGCUGGAGACACAGGAGGAGUGGGAGCUGGACUUCUGGCUCAGUCCCGUCUCCUCUGAGCUCCCCGUGGACAUCAGGGUGCCUCGCUCCGCUGUGAGCGCUGUGACCGAGUUCCUCAGGACUCAUAACAUCCCCUACUCCGUCCUCAUCAACGACCUGCAGGAGCUGCUGGAUGAGGAGAAGACGGAGAUGUUCGAGAACCAGAUGAUGGAGCGCAGCAGCCGGAGCUUCAACUUUGGAGCUUACCACCGUCUGGAGACUAUCUACAGCUGGAUGGACACUCUGGUGGCUCAGUACCCUAAACUGGUCACCAAGAUGGAGAUCGGCAGAUCUUAUGAGAACAGACCGAUGUACGUCCUCAAGUUCAGCACCGGAGGAAACAAGCGUCCCGCCGUCUGGAUGGACACGGGGAUCCACUCCAGAGAGUGGGUGUCCCAGGCCACCGGAGUCUGGACCGCCAACAAGAUCGCCUCUGAUUUUGGCACCGACGCCUCCCUGACCUCCCUGCUGAACACCAUGGACAUCUACAUGCUGCUGCUGGCCAACCCUGACGGAUACGCCUACACUCAUUCCAACGACCGUAUGUGGCGUAAGACUCGCUCCAAGAACUCCGGCUCUGUGUGCCGUGGAGUCGAUCCCAACAGGAACUGGGACGCCGGCUUUGGUGGCCCCGGAGCCAGCAGGAACCCCUGCUCCGACUCCUACCACGGCCCGUCGGCUCACUCUGAGAUCGAGGUGAAGAAUGUGGUGAACCUCAUCAAGAACCACGGAAACUUCAAGUCCUUCAUCUCCGUCCACGCCUACUCCCAGCUGCUCAUGUACCCCUACGGCUACAACUGCAAGGACGUGUCCCUUCAGCCCGAGCUGCACUCUGUUGGCAAAGCAGCUGUGCAGAAACUCACCUCCCUUUACGGCACCCAGUACAAGGUUGGAAGCAUCUGCAAGAUCAUCUACCAAGCCAGCGGCGGCAGCAUCGACUGGUCCUACAACGUCGGCAUCAAGUACUCGUACGCCUUCGAGCUGAGAGACACCGGACGCUACGGUUUCAUUUUGCCCGCCAACCAGAUCAUCCCCACCGCCACCGAGACCUGGCUGGCUCUGAAGCACAUCAUGGAGUACGUCCGGGACCAUCCUUAUUGAUCCUGUAAUCUGUGACAUAAACAGACAGGACAAAUUAAUCAUCUCUCUGUCCUGAUGUGCAAUAUUUACCAAUAAAGUCAUGAAUACUU